CUAGCCCCAGACGAUAAAGAGGGCAGCACAAUAUCUUUUGUUAGAAAAGCUCAGAGUUCUCAUUAAAUCAUAAUGCUGAAGUGGCUGGUCCUGUUGACCAUCUUGGCGCUGGUCAGUGCUGAGAUCCACCGCAUCAAGAUCCACAAGAACCAGGAUCACAAGAACACCCGGCAGCAUCGCAAGCAGGCUAUCCAGGCCCUGAAGCAGAAGUACCACCAGCAGGACGCAGUCAUCAUUUACGACGAUGGAGUUCCGAUUUACGUGCAGCCCGACUACGGAUACGAUUAUCCCAGCCAACCCUCGGACGACUACACAUCCGAGGAGCUGGGCAACUCGAUGAACAUGUACUACUACGGCCUGAUUGGCAUUGGCACCCCGGAGCAGUACUUCAAGGUGGUCUUCGACACGGGUUCGGCCAACCUGUGGGUGCCAUCUUCCCAGUGCCUGGCCACGGAUGUGGCUUGCCAGCAGCACAACCAGUACAACUCCAGUGCCUCCUCCACCUUUGUGUCCAGCGGCCAGAACUUCUCCAUCCAGUACGGAACCGGCAGUGUCUCCGGCUAUCUGGCCAUGGAUACGGUGACCAUCAACGGCUUGGCCAUCGCGAACCAGACCUUCGGAGAGGCGGUUUCCCAGCCGGGAGCCAGCUUCACCGACGUGGCGUUCGAUGGCAUCCUGGGCAUGGGUUACCAGCAGAUCGCCGAGGACAACGUGGUGCCGCCGUUCUACAAUCUCUACGAGGAAGGUCUUAUCGAUGAGCCAGUCUUUGGUUUCUACCUGGCUCGGAAUGGCUCUGCCGUGGAGGGUGGCCAGCUGACCCUGGGUGGAACCGACCAGAACCUCAUCGCCGGUGAGAUAACCUACACACCCGUCACCCAGCAGGGCUACUGGCAGUUCUCUGUGAACAACAUCACCUGGAAUGGAACCGUGAUCUCGAGCGGAUGCCAGGCAAUCGCCGAUACUGGAACCUCCCUCAUCGCCGCUCCUUCGGCAGCCUACAUCCAGCUGAACAACCUGAUUGGAGGCGUUCUCAUCCAGGGCGAAUACUACGUGCCCUGCUCCACUGUUUCCUCCCUGCCCGUUCUGACCAUCAACAUCGGUGGCACCAACUUCUACCUGCCCCCCUCGGUUUACAUCCAAACCUAUACCGAGGGCAACUACACCACCUGCAUGUCCACCUUCACCGAUAUCGGAACGGGCUUCUGGAUCCUGGGAGACGUCUUCCUGGGUCAGUACUACUCCGAAUUCGAUUUCGGUCAGAACCGCGUGGGUUUCGCCACUCUGGCCUAGACCUUUAACGAACGAACAAACGACAUACUAUCUAGGAUUACCUUGCUUAUAAAAAUACAAAAAAAUAAAUCUUAUACAAUUGAAUAACUAA